AUGAAACGUUCUUUCCUUUUUUCUUUUCAUGCUUCCGACAUCACUGAUAUUUUCUUUCUUUCCUUCCUUUCUAUUACGUCUUUCAUUGGUUCGCUCCUAAUACGUUUUCCUUUCUUUUCUCUUCCUCCUGUUACGUCUUUCAUUCAUUUUUAUUACGUCUUUCUUCCUUUUCCUUUCAUUCCUAUUACGUCUUUCUUUUCUUUUAUUUCUUUCAAUGAAUUUUUCCUUUUUCAUAUUUUUCGUGCAUUCUUUUUUUUCUGUCUCCAUUUCUUUCGUUCUUUCUUGCUUUUUAUUUUUAUUUCUUUGCACUGUCGUACCCCACCUUUCUUUCAUUUCUCCUCUGAUAACUCUUUCCAUUCAUCCUUGAAUCUCGUCUAUGACCUUUUUAUUUAUCUAUCUCUCCUUCUCCGCUUUUCACCCUCUUUCUGUUACUUAACUUUUCUUUCUUCCCCUCCCGCCACUUUUUCCUUCUCGUACUUUCAGCCAUUAUCUAUUACGUGCUCCUUGCCCUUCUUUCCCUCUUCCAUCUGUUCUGUUACCUGCUCCUUGCCCUUCUUUCCCUCCUCCAUCUGUUCUGUUACCUGCUCCUUGCCCUUCUUUCCCUCCUCCAUCUGUUCUGUUACCUGCUCCUUGCCCUUCUUUCCCUCCUCCAUCUGUUCUGUUACCUGCUCCUUGCUCUUUUUCUAUUACAUAUUCCUUGCUCUUUAUUCCCCAACUCUUAUUCUAUCCCGUGUUCCUUGCUCUUCUUUCCCCCCUCAAUCUCUUCUACUCUAUUUUCCCUUAUUUCUCCUAUCUUUUCAUCUCCGCCUAUUACUUUUCUCUUGUCUUCCAUUAUUAACACCUUCCCUCCUUUUAUUAUUCUUUCUCCUUUUUCCCUCUUCUCCCACUAGCACUCCUUUUUCUUCUUUCCUCUUUAUCACUUCCAUCCUUUCCCAACCUAUCUCUUCAGGUUCUAUUAUAUUUCACCCUAUUUUCUUCCUCAAUCUCUUUUCCUCUUAUUACUUAUUCAUUUCUCUUUUUUCCAUCUAUGCUUCCUUUUCUUUCCCUGUCUUUCUAAGUCCAUCUUUCUUUUUUCUCUUACUCCCCACUUUCCGAACUAUCCUUUCUUUAUCUUUUACUCCAUCUCUUGUUAAUUCUUUCCCUUUCUUUUCUUCCCAUCUUUUCUAUUCUUUCUUCCUUCUCUUCAUUUUUAAUCCUUCUUUACAUCUUAUUUUUCAACUUCUAUUCCUAUUUUCUUUCCUUCCUUCCCCUCCGUCUCAUCUCAAUUUCCUGGUUUCUUCUUCUACUACUACUACUACUCCUCCUCCUCCCCUCUCUCCUUCAUUAUCCAUCUAUCACCUCUUCCAUCCUUCGACAUUUUUUUCCUUUAUUCCCUUCUGUUCCCAUCCAUCUAUCUAUCGAAGUCUGUUCCCAUCCAUCUAUCUAUCGAAGUCUGUUCCCAUCCAUCUAUCUAUCGAAGUCUGUUCCCAUCCAUCUAUCUAUCGAAGUCUGUUCCCAUCCAUCUAUCUAUCUAUCGAAGUCUGUUCCCAUCUAUCUAUCUAUCUAUCGAAGUCUGUUCCCAUCUAUCUAUCUUUAUAA